AUGAAAAGUUUAACCUUAUUAUUCUAUUUUUUUACUCUUUUCUUCAUUUUGGUUUUUGGACAAAUUAAUAAUGUAGAAGAUAAUUAUGUGAUGAAAAGAUUUUAUGCAUGGGAUGAUCAGGCAAAAAGAUCUGUUAUAAGAGAUUCUGAUGAAGAUUUAAACUCAAUUUUUAAAAGAAAUUAUAGAUUUUAUGCCUGGGCUGGUAAACGUAUACCAAUAGAUUAUAGUCAUGGAAUUAAAAGAAAAUUUUAUGCCUGGGCAGGUUAA